UUUUUUUUUACCUUCAAACGUCCCCUUUUUUUUCCGUUUUCUUUUUCUUUUCUUUCCUUUACUUCUGUUUGGAAACUAUCAUGGCUUCUGAAGUAACCACUGCUGCCCCUUUAUUGAAAACAGAUAUCAAGCAAAAACAAGGAGGUUCUCAAGCCCUCAUUGAUUGUGCUAGUGGUACUGUUGGUGGGAUCCUUCAAGUGCUUGUUGGUCAACCUUUCGAUACUGUCAAAGUGCGUCUCCAAACUCAAUCAACCACCAAUCCUGUGUACAAGAACAUGAUGGACUGUGUUCGCCAAACCAGAGCAAAGGAAGGUUUGAAAGGAUUUUACAAGGGAACGACCACACCAUUGGUUGGGAUUGGUGCGUGUGUAUCUAUUCAAUUUGUUGUAUUGGAAGCCAUGAAACGAUUCUACUCACCUCAUGGAGAAUCAUUGACCAAUAGUCAAUUUUAUCUUGCUGGUGCUGCUAGUGGGAUCGCCAAUUCUGUUGUAUCUGGUCCUGUGGAACAUAUCCGUACUCGUCUUCAAGUACAAACUUCAUCGACUGGGACUGGACUUUACUUCAAAGGACCUGUGGAUGCCAUCAAACAAAUCUAUUCUCGUUAUGGAAUUGCUGGGAUCUACAAAGGACAAGGUAUCACAAUGGCAAGAGAAUUUCAAGGAUAUGGUGCUUACUUUUUGGCCUAUGAAUGGUUGGUGAAGAAAUCCAUGGAACAUAGUGGUCGUCAACGAUCUGAAUUGCCUGCUUGGGAAGUAUGUUUAUAUGGUGCCUCGGCUGGUUAUGCCAUGUGGAUGACUGUCUAUCCUUUGGAUGCCAUCAAAUCCAAGUUACAAACCGAUGCCUUUGACCCUGCUCAUCGGAAAUACAGUGGUGUGUUGGAUUGUGCUCGCAAAACUUUGGCUGUUGAAGGUAUGGCCGGUUUCUUUAGAGGUAUUGGUCCUUGUUUACUUAGAGCUGCUCCAUCCAAUGCUGCUACUUUUAUGGGUUUCGAAGUAGCCAUGCGUGUCUUAUCUUCCAACUCUUAGAUCUUUUUCAUUCUUUUAUUAUUAUCACUAUUAUUAUUACCUUUAUUAUUAUUAUUUUUAUCCUUCCUAGAUAUUUAGUUUUAUUACUUUUGUUUUUUUUUUUUUUAUUCUUUUAUCGUCU